AUGGCUGCAUUUGUUAAUCGUACAAUAUCCAUGAUGGCUGGUGAUGGGCCCCACAACGUCCUCAUGAACAAUGGGACCGUGCGUGUGAACAUGUCCAAUGUGGACUCUCCGCUGCAGAUAUUUGUGAGGGCCAAGAAGAAGAUCAAUGACAUAUUUGUUGAGAUUGAUGAUUAUGUUAAAGAUGCCGUUAUAUUUAUGCACGCUGUAUCAGGAGAAAAUGGUAUUGCGACACCUCAAGACGUUGCAAAUGUGGAAUCAUAUGUAUGUAAAGUGCAGGCCAUUCGGGAGGUUCUCAAACGGGAUCACAUGAAAGUUGCAUUCUUUGGCAGAACAAGUAAUGGAAAGAGCACAGUUAUCAAUGCGAUGUUGCACGACAAGAUCCUACCGAGUGGUAUCGGCCAUACAACUAAUUGCUUCCUGCAAGUCGAAGGCUCAGACACAGACGAGGCUUUCAUGAGAACCGAGGGCUCGGAGGAGAAAUUGAAUGUUCAGUCGGUGAGUCAGCUGGGGCAUGCUCUCUGUGCCUCUCGUCUCCAAGAGUGUUCGUUGGUUCACGUCCACUGGCCUCGAGAGCUGUGUGCAUUACUGAGGGAUGAUGUUGUCCUCGUUGACUCUCCCGGAGUUGAUGUCACUCCUAACUUGGAUGAAUGGAUCGACAAGUACUGUCUUGAUGCUGAUGUCUUUGUACUGGUCGCUAAUGCUGAAUCAACAUUGAUGGUCACUGAGAAGAAUUUCUUUCACAAAGUGUCUACGAAAAUAUCGCAACCGAAUAUUUUCAUAUUAAACAAUCGAUGGGACGCCUCGGCCUCCGAGCCGGAAUAUUUGGAACAGGUCCGCAGUCAGCACGCAACCCGUUGCGUGGACUUCCUGUCUCGCGAGCUACGUGUGUGCUCCCCCAAGGAGGCUGAGGAACGAAUCUUCUUCAUCUCGGCCAAGGAGGCGCUCCUCACACGGAUGAGGGAACGAGAGAAGCCUGUGUCCUCUCCUAUCCUAGCGGAAGGUCACCAGGUCCGCUACUUCGAGUUCGUGGACUUCGAACGGAAAUUCGAGGAAUGCAUUAGUCAGUCGGCCGUCCGAACUAAAUUCGCCCAACACAGCAGGCGAGGGAAAAACAUAGCUGGUGACGUCAUGGCACAACUAGAACAGGUCUACGGCACAGCCACGGCCCAGAAGGCGGCCAAAGUUGAGAAGCAACGUAUACUACAGGAACAGCUGUCGUCGGUGGAGGAACAGCUCACGGCCAUCACCAGGCAGAUGAAGGAGAAGAUUGGACGCAUGGUGGAGAGUGUGGAACAUAAGGUAUCACUGACCCUGAGCCAGGAGAUCCGUCGCCUGUCCGCGCUGGUGGACGAGUACGAAGCCCCGUUCAGGACGGAGCGCUCCGCCCUCGAGCAGUACAAGCGCUCCCUGCACCGACACGUGGAGGCCGGCCUCGGCUCGCGCCUCAAGAAACGACUGUCCGCUGAUAUUGGACACGAGAUGGACACCGCGCAGAAAGAUAUGGCCGAGCGUAUGUAUAACAUCCUGCCGGCCCACAAGCGCGCGGCGGCCGCGUCCUGCAUCAUUCCCCACCAGCAGCCGUUUGAGGUUCUGUAUCGUCUUAACUGCGACAACCUGUGCGCCGACUUCACGGAGGACCUCACUUUCCGCUUCUCGUACGGCAUCACGGCCCUCAUACAGAGGUUCCAGGGCAGGAACACCAACAAGAUCGCCUUGAAGAACCCGCCCGUACACACGCAGAUCCCGCCGUCAAUGGGUCCGCCCGCGCCAUCUAUGGAGGUGUCCCGCGUCACUAACGGCGGCUCCAUGGGUCCCCUCUCCGCCGAGGAGUGGGGCAUGGUGUCCAAGUUCGCGCUGGGAGCUCUCACCUCACAGGGAACUAUGGGCGGGUUGCUGUUGUCAGGACUUUUGUUAAAGACGGUCGGUUGGCGCGUGGUAGCGCUGACGGGCGUGAUCUACGGUGCGCUGUACGCGUACGAGCGGCUCACGUGGACUACGUCCGCCCAGCAGCGGCUGUUCAAGAGACAGUAUGUGGCGCACGCGACGCGCAAGCUGAGGCUAAUCGUGGACCUAACCUCGGCCAACUGCUCGCAUCAAGUGCAACAAGAGCUGUCGACGAUGUUCGCGCGUCUGUGUCGGCUGGUGGACGAGGCGACCACGGAGAUGGACGAGGAGCUGAAGGAGGUGCGGGAGGCCAUCAAGAUGUUGGAGGACGCCUCCACCUCCGCCAAGAAGCUGAGGAACAAGGCCAACUACCUGUCGCACGAGCUGGACCUGUUCGACGACGCCUUCCUCAAACACUAA